AUGAUUAAAAGCGAGGAUGUAAUGGAUUCAAACGGUCAUUCCGGCACGCACAAUGGCUUGCACCACCACCACCACUCCUCCGCACAUUUACCUCAUCACAGCAGCAUUUAUCGCAAUCUGCCGUCGAAUAUCUUGUCAGCAUCGAAUUUCGCCCCCUUAACAUACGGCGAUCAAACGUCCAUGAUGCGCAUGCCGCCGCAGGAGUCACCUGAAUUGCAGGACGAGAAGCCCGACCUCAACUAUCUCGAUCGCAAAUAUUACGCCACCAUGAUGGCUCAACCGCCCGUGCAUGUCUCGGAGGCCGCCGCCACAUAUGGACUGACGUCAAUGCACACCAUAUGUGCCUCCUCGCCGCAUACAACAAACGAAAACGACAUUGGCAUGCUAAUGCCGAUUUCGCCCAAUUCGUCGCCCCACAAUGAAGGUGUCGUCGUCAAAUCGCCGUCGGAAGGUGAGCUGCAACAACAUUAUGCGGCUACACAAAAUCGCAUCAUUUCCGCGAAAAUGUCGGAUCUGGGACAGCAGUUGAAUCCACAUUAUACAUCCACCAUAAAAUAUUGUACUAGUAAUGCGAUUUUCAAUACCUCCGAGUACCUGGCGCAGCACGAGCAUGAACAUACUGCUGCGCCAUCUGCGAUGCCUGUCUCUGCGGAAGCAAGCUCUUCUGAUCAUUUGUCGCAGUCCUUGCAACGCAUACAAAAUGUCGGUGGUAUGCCAUCAGUGUCCAGCGGGUCGGGUGUUAUAACCAGUUCGCAUAGCGUUUCUGGCCAAUUAUGUGCCACAACCGAAGCGAUGUCCUAUUCGAAUAGUUCGUCGCCGGCGAAGUCGGUGCAUAGCCACCAAAGUGAAGGUGGUGGUACAACGACGCCUGGUGGUGGUGGUGGUGGUGGUCAACAGCAUCAGCAACAACAACAGCAGUCAACUUCAUCGUCAACGCAGGAACUAACGCCGCCAGAUACGACGAAAAAAUCAGGCACAAGGCGCCCUGAGAAACCUGCAUUGAGUUAUAUAAAUAUGAUUGCGAUGGCGAUCAAAGAAUCACCAACGGGAAAGCUGACGCUUAGUGAAAUCUAUAGCUUUCUGCAGAAAAGAUUCGAGUUUUUUCGCGGUCCAUAUGUGGGUUGGAAAAACUCUGUGCGUCACAAUCUCAGCCUAAAUGAGUGCUUUAAAAAGCUGCCGAAGGGCAUGAGUGUCGGCAAACCCGGCAAAGGCAAUUACUGGACCAUCGAACAAAAUUCCGCUUACAUGUUUGAAGAUGAGGCCAGUUUACGCAGACGACCGCGCGGCUAUCGAUCCAAGCUAAAAGUGAAACCCUAUCCAAGCACAAAUGGUUUUUACGCAACUGCUUCCUACGAUCCAGGCAUGGACAACGGCAACUUCUACGCCACGCAAGCAUAUGGCUCUUAUGAAUACACUACAAGCAGCGCUGCCGGCGCUACACCCUACACGGACGCAUGGAAUUCACACGCUGCUCACGCGCAGACCACGCUGCCGCAGUAUUCUAAUAUAGCCGCCGCCUCUUCCAUGCUGCAUAGCAGUAAUAACAACGGCACUCCACCACUGGCACACACACUGACUUCAUCUGCGUUGGUGAGUGGUGGCUCGGGUAGCCCUUCGCAUGUUACUUCAUCGGCGGCGGCGCUUCAAAGCUCAAAUGCCGGCCUAGAUUACGCGACAGCCACUAUGGUGGCCGCCAAUUAUCCAUACGCAAGUACGGCGGGUGGCGGUGGGGUUGUAGGAGGAGGCGCUGGCGCCGCUUACAGCCUUGAUAACGGCUUGCGCUCAAUGACUCUCUCGCACAUGCACCAACAUCAACAACAUCAACAACAACAACAGCAUCAUUCAGCGAUGACGCCGCCACCGCCACCACUGCCGCCGAGCUCCACAUCCAUGGGUAGUUCCACGCUUAUCGAUCGAAAGCCGAUAUUCUUGCCCUCAAUGACGACACCACCCUCGACUGGCACGAUGUCUACGCCGCCGCUGCACCACCAACAUUUGGUUGGCGUUAACAAUGGUGGUGGUGGUGGGAGUGGCGGCUACUAUGAGCAUAUAAAGUUUUCAAAUUAAUGGCUGAUUUAGUAAAAUUUAUAAUAAAUACUACUAGGUACUUAGGGGUAUACUAUAAUAGAGUUUGUGGCAUCACAAGU